AUGGAUCCACUUCCAAUAUUUGAAGAUUUUAUCAACAGCAAAGGAGGAAGCAAGGUGAAUCACGACGUAAAAAUUGUAGGGAUGGUGAAUAUUCACAUGUUCGGAAAAAGUUUAAUUCAAAAAGGAGUCACAAUGCGAGGAGAUUUAGAAACGAUAAGAAUCGGAAAGCUCACAAUCAUCGGAGAAAAUUCAAUCAUACAACCACCCUCAAUCGCUAAUUACGGUUUAGAAGUAACACAAAAAAUUGGUACACAUCUUCCUGUAGUCAUAGGUGAUCAUGUAUUUAUUGGCAAAGACUCAAAAAUUUCAGCAGCUGAAAUUGGUUCCUUUGUGUACAUUGGAAAUAAUUGUGUGAUUGGCGAGAGAUGUAUUCUUCGUGAUUGUUGUCGAGUGGAAGACAAUUCUGUGGUGCCUUCAGAUACUGUUAUUCCUUCAUUUACGUCGUUUUCUGGAAUUCCUGCACGCAUGACAUCGCAAGAGUUGCCGGAAUGUACAGAGCUCAUGAUGAAAGAUCUCACAACUAAUGUAUGGGUCCAAUAUUCUCCAAAAAUUAUUUAA